UGCUCCCUCUCCCCCACACAGCCCAUACGGCCCAUCCAUGAGUCGACCUCCACCUGUCCCCUCUCCUGUGUCGUCUUCUCCUCUCCAGUCCAGUGAGGAGAGAGAUCCAGAGACGCAUGUGCCGGCCGGCCGACACCAGCGAGCAACCACCGCCGGCGUUUUCUUCGUGACCGGGAGCCCCGCCUGCGCGACCCCUUCCUCCACCCGGACGACCUCGAGCUCGGGCGCCUCCACGCCGUCGAAUCGCUCGACUUUUCCUCCUCUUCGGUCUGAUCGCCGUCACCGUUCAAAUUCGCCGCCGGCAGACCUCCUCCGCCCCUUUCGGCUACGCCAGCAUCACCAGAGGAAAAUGAGCACCAUGCUGUCAGAAAAUGCUGAAAGGAGGCCAAGUGUGCUUGAUAACCUGCAAAAGCAGCUAGAUGAGGCUGUCCUCGAUAUGCAACUCUAUGGAAAAGCUCUAGAUGCGUUUGAGGACGAUCCUGCUACCUCUGGCAUAUUACACAAUCAUCUGCUAACAACCAUGGGUACUCCAAUAGUCGACAAGAUUUUAUUUAGUCUGGAUAAGGACAACAAAUUGAAGAAUGGAAUGGAGUUUGAAGACAGUGAAGAACAGCAUGUUCAGCUGAGCACCACUGAGCGUACUUUUCUGGCAAAGGAUCUUCCAGGGCAAUUGUCAUCGAAGGCUCAAGCUUUAGUCGAAGCACUGGAGGGAAAGCGGUUUGAUUCAUUUAUGGACGCCUUAAGAGAUACAGCAGAGGAAAGUGGUUUCUUAUUUAAGAAGCUUGAGGAAAGACUUGAGCGAUCAAUGCUGCAUUCCUACCGCGAGGAUUUGAUAGCACAAGUUUCUUCAGAGACUGAUCCAGUUUCCUUCCUCCCAAAAGUUGUCGCUCUACUUUUUCUCGAGGCACACAACAAGGCUCUUCAGGUACCUGAAAGGGCUGUUGGUGCUGUCAGCACACUACUGAAGGACAAGCUACCGGCUUCAACCUUCAAGGUUUUAACUGAAUAUCACGCCACCACCGUGAAACUUCUCGCACUACAAGAUGCUGCUACCGGUGAUGAAGACGAUUGCACAUCGGACCGAAUGCUGGAGAAGAAGGAAGACCUGGAAGAGAGGCUGAUGCCAGAACUGAAAUCCCUGGCCCUCGGCACAAGCAAAGAGUGAGCAGAAAAAAUCGUGUUCAUGGUACACCAUGCCCUCGUGUAAAUACACAGAUCUAUCUAUCUAUCUACCUAUCCUUGGAACUGGAGCAAGGGAUGCAAGCAGCCACCCUGCGAUCCUUGUCAACUUAGUGCAAGCAUUCACUUGAAUCCAGGGUACUAGUGUGUCGGUUGCAUGCUUGCGUCGCGAGCUCGUUUGAUGCACUCUGGUCUCCCCAUUUCUGAAGCAAAGAAACCAUGUGUGUAAUGCACUGUGUAUAUUCUAGGGGUUUGUGUGACAGCAGAAUCAACUUCUUAAUUCUUUAACGAGCAACCACAGCA